CUCCCAGUCUGAACCGGUUUCAACCGGUUAGCGAGUGAGUUGCUUGAGAGAAGGAGAGGAGGCGCAGGCAGGCACACAACCCUCCAUGCACGCCCGGCUGGAAAAAACCCUAAGAGUGGCGAAUAAUUAGUGAAUCAAGGUUUACUUCGUUUCGUAAAAUGUACCGGAGCGAUAGAUCACCGGGUUCGCCGUGAUAAGUAGUUUGCAGGAUCCAACAAUAGUGACUCUUGCAGACAUCACUCACUACACUGCUGGAGCUGGAGAUAGUCAACGCUGCAAUUCAAUUUAUUUUUUUAUUUUUUUAUUAUCAACAGUGAUAUUGAACAACUAAAAUAUACUCUUUUUGAGUCAGAGCCUCGGACUUUUAGAACUCUAUGCCAGCAAUUAUGACAAUGUUAGCAGACCAUGCAGCACAGCAGCUGCUGGACUUCAACCAGAAAUUGGAUAUCAACCUGCUGGAUAAUGUGGUGAACUGUCUAUAUCACGGAGUGGGACCUCAGCAAAGAAUGGCACAAGAGGUGUUGACCCACUUAAAAGAGCACCCAGAUGCCUGGACGAGAGUGGACACCAUCCUCGAGUUCUCUCAGAACAUGAACACCAAAUACUAUGCUCUUCAAAUACUGGAAACGGUUAUCAAAACAAGAUGGAAGAUUCUUCCCAGGAAUCAAUGUGAAGGUAUAAAAAAGUAUGUUGUCGGACUCAUUAUCAAGACUUCAUCAGAUGCAUCAAAUGUAGAGAAAGAAAAAGUGUACAUUGGAAAGCUGAACAUGAUCCUUGUUCAGAUCCUGAAGCAGGAGUGGCCCAAACACUGGCCCACCUUCAUCAGCGACAUCGUCGGCGCCAGCCGCACCAGCGAGAGCCUCUGUCAGAACAACAUGAUCAUCCUGAAGCUGCUCAGCGAGGAGGUGUUCGACUUCUCCAGCGGCCAAAUGACACAGGUCAAAGCCAAGCACCUGAAAGACAGCAUGUGCAACGAAUUCUCCCAGAUAUUCCAGCUCUGCCAGUUCGUGAUGGAAAACUCCCAGAAUGCCCCUCUGGUCCACGCCACGCUGGAGACGCUCCUGCGGUUCCUCAACUGGAUCCCACUGGGCUACAUCUUCGAGACCAAGCUGAUCAGCACGUUGGUGUACAAGUUCCUCAACGUGCCCAUGUUCCGCAACGUGACGCUCAAGUGCCUGACGGAGAUCGCCGGCGUGAGCGUCAGCCAGUACGAGGAGCAGUUCGUCACGCUCUUCACGCUGACCAUGUGCCAGCUCAAGCAGAUGCUGCCGUUGAACACCAACAUCCGGCUGGCCUACGCCAACGGGAAGGACGAUGAGCAGAACUUCAUCCAGAACCUCAGCCUGUUCCUGUGCACCUUCCUCAAAGAGCACGGCCAGCUCAUCGAGAAGAGGCUCAACCUCCGGGAGACGCUCAUGGAGGCCCUCCACUACAUGCUCCUGGUGUCGGAGGUAGAAGAGACGGAGAUCUUCAAAAUCUGUCUGGAAUACUGGAACCACUUGGCCGCUGAGCUCUACAGAGAGAGUCCGUUCUCCACGUCGACGUCGCCGCUGCUCUCCGGCAACCAGCACUUUGACGUCCCGCCGCGCCGACAGCUCUACCUUCCCGUACUUUCCAAGGUGCGUCUGCUGAUGGUCAGUCGGAUGGCGAAGCCCGAAGAGGUGUUGGUGGUGGAGAACGACCAGGGCGAGGUGGUCAGGGAGUUCAUGAAGGACACGGAUUCCAUUAAUCUCUACAAGAACAUGAGGGAAACUCUGGUGUACCUGACUCACCUGGACUACGCAGAUACGGAGCGCAUCAUGACGGAGAAGCUCCACAACCAGGUGAACGGCACCGAGUGGUCCUGGAAGAACCUGAACACGCUGUGCUGGGCCAUCGGCUCCAUCAGCGGGGCCAUGCACGAGGAGGACGAGAAGAGGUUCCUGGUCACCGUCAUCAAGGAUCUGCUGGGUCUCUGCGAGCAGAAGCGAGGGAAGGACAACAAGGCCAUCAUCGCCUCCAACAUCAUGUACAUCGUGGGCCAGUACCCUCGCUUCCUCCGAGCCCACUGGAAGUUCCUCAAAACGGUGGUCAACAAACUCUUCGAGUUCAUGCACGAGACCCACGACGGCGUGCAGGACAUGGCCUGCGACACUUUCAUCAAGAUCGCCCAGAAGUGCCGGCGCCACUUCAUCCAGGUGCAGGUGGGGGAGGUGAUGCCCUUCAUCGACGAGAUCCUCAACAACAUCAACACCAUCAUCUGUGAUCUGCAGCCUCAGCAGGUCCACACGUUCUACGAGGCCGUCGGCUACAUGAUCGGCGCCCAGACGGACCAGGCCGUCCAGGAGCACCUGAUAGAGAAGUACAUGCUGCUGCCCAACCAGGUGUGGGACAGCAUCAUCCAGCAGGCCACCAAGAACGUGGACAUCCUGAAGGACCCAGAGACGGUGAAGCAGCUGGGCAGCAUCCUGAAGACCAACGUCCGGGCCUGCAAGGCCGUGGGACACCCCUUCGUCAUCCAGCUGGGCCGGAUCUACCUGGACAUGCUCAACGUGUACAAGUGCCUCAGCGAGAACAUCUCUGCUGCCAUCCAGACCAACGGUGAGAUGGUGACGAAGCAGCCGCUGAUCCGGAGCAUGAGGACGGUGAAACGGGAGACGCUGAAACUGAUCUCUGGCUGGGUCAGCCGAUCAAACGACCCGCAGAUGGUCGGAGAGAACUUUGUUCCGCCGCUGCUGGACGCCGUCCUAAUCGACUACCAACGCAACGUCCCGGCGGCCCGCGAGCCCGAGGUCCUCAGCACCAUGGCAACCAUCGUCAACAAGCUGGGGGGCCACAUCACCAGCGAGAUCCCACAGAUCUUCGACGCCGUCUUCGAGUGCACGCUGAACAUGAUCAACAAGAACUUUGAGGAGUAUCCGGAGCACCGGACCCACUUCUUCUACUUACUCCAGGCUGUAAACUCGCACUGCUUCCCUGCAUUCCUGGCCAUCCCAGCGGCCCAGUUCAAGCUGGUGCUGGACUCCAUCAUCUGGGCCUUCAAGCACACCAUGAGGAACGUGGCCGACACGGGUCUGCAGAUCCUGUAUACGAUGCUGCAGAACGUGGCCCAGGAGGAAGCGGCGGCUCAGAGCUUCUACCAGACCUACUUCUGUGACAUCUUGCAGCACAUCUUCUCCGUGGUCACCGACACGUCUCACACCGCCGGCCUGACGAUGCACGCCUCCAUCCUGGCCUACAUGUUCAACCUGGUGGAGGAGGGGAAGAUCACGGUGGCGCUGAACCCCGGCAGCCCCUCCAACAACCAGGUCUUCAUCCAGGAGUACGUGGCCAACCUGCUGAAGACGGCCUUCCCCCACCUACAAGAUGCCCAGGUGAAGGUGUUUGUGACGGGGCUGUUCAGCCUAAACCAGGACAUUCCUGCCUUCAAGGAGCACCUGAGGGACUUCCUCGUGCAGAUCAAGGAGUUUGCGGGCGAGGACACAUCAGACCUGUUCCUGGAGGAGAGGGAGGCGUCGCUGCGCCAGGCCCAGGAGGAGAAACACAAGAUCCAGAUGUCGGUGCCGGGGAUCCUCAACCCUCACGAGAUGCCGGAGGAGAUGUGCGACUGAGCCGCCGCUCAACCAAAACAUGUACAGUAUCCAGACAACAAACAAAACCCCAAUCACAAAACAAACCAACAACAAAACCCACGAGAGGCACUUUGAGUCCGGCGGGAGGCGGCGCUCCUCCCCGCCGGCAGAGCGGACUCUUCCCUCUGGACGUUUGUUGACCAAAAUUAUGCCAAUCCUCUGUAAAUGACGACCGCGUCGCCCUGUGGCCCUUUUUACAUAAUCUGCAUUUUGUAUGGAGACUUUUUGUGUAUUAACUUUCCAUAACUGUUGAUCUGCAGUAAAUGUUCUGUUGGUCCGUCGCAGGCCUGCAUGAUAACGAUUAGGACGACUUAACCAUCUUUGAUUUUGUUUCUUUUUGUUUUGUUUUGGUUUCCUUCUCCUCCCUCCUACCGUUUCCCGGUUCUUCCCUUUUGUUCCACACAUCUGUUUAUAUAUAAAUAUAUUAUGUACACAGUCGGAGCGGGGCGUUUUUUUUUUUUGUAAGAAGAAAAAAGCAGCCCAUGUGUCAAGUCAGCGUUAGAAGCUUCUAGACUCGUGGAGGCGUCCGCCGCCCGCGUGGGGGGGGAAAUGUGAAUCUGACGGAUAAUGAAUGAAGGCUCGGAGCCGCCGCGGCGCCGUCGGCCCGACGCCAGCCGCUCGUAUCUGAGCAUAUCAUCCCAAUUGUAUAGCAUCUUUAAUACCACGGGAACAUUUUUUUUUUGGUUUUUCCUUUUACUCUUCGAUUGUUUCUUUUUGUGGGUGUGCGCGCGUGUGUGCUGUCGCUUAGUCGACAUCGGCGUUUUGUUUUCCUCUGAGAGGAUUCCUUCAUUAAUGGGAUGUUUUAUGGACGUGGCGGAGGUAUUUAUGGCUUCUCGGUUUGGUCGCAUCUUUGUAACGACUCCUGUUUCACUCAGACGGCUUUCAGGAUUUUUGAAUUAUGCUCCUUUUAGUUUGUUUACCACGCAAGUAGUGCUUCACAACACUACCUUUAUAGAGCAAAUUAAAACAUAAAACUGGGUUUACAUUUAAUUUUGUAUUUUUUUUUUUUUUUUUUGCAUUUUUCAUUUGUACCUGUUUGAGUUCUGUCCAAAUAAACAAAAGGUUUUUUUUUUUUUUUUUUUUUUUUUUUUUUCGAAAGAAAGAAAUCAGUUGCCAACGAGUUUAAUUAAGAAAGAAUGUAUAAAUCCAAAUAAGCACCCGAUCUCUGAUGGCAAACUUCCCUUCUCAAGGUGUUACAUUGUUGUGAACUUUUUGAACUGAUUAAAGUUGUGAAUUUUAUAA